ACCACAUUAUCAGAAGAAAAAGUUGUUAGUUCUAGUUGCACUUGCAGGCACAUCUGACAUGGUACUGCUCGUCUUUGUGACCUGACACACAUGACCGACGUUUCUUUUUGACAAUUGACCGAGACAGUACCCUUUUCACCCCCGUUGAAGGAUCCGCCCCCACCUGCACUAUUGUCUACCAAACCACUAGUAUUUUUCCAGACUGUAAUUCUAGUAGUAGUUGCUACCCCCAAAGAGUCGAUAGGUUGUAGUACCUUUAUGCGCCUCUCACGGCCAAACACCAACAAGAACAUUCUCGCCCCCUCUGCAAAGACCCCGUCCGAAAUAGCAAGUCAUCUUCCUUCAUCCUUUCUGGAAGCCCGUGCUUUGCUACUUGUGCAGUUUUGCAGUCGCAGACCCUUCUGGAGCUCGGUCCGAGCCUCUACGCUAGAGCAGUAAUCGGCAUCCUAAUAUUCUUUGUUGCCCGCUUUAUUUUUGUCGCGGCAACGAGUUUUUUUCCACGCACCGAGACCAACUGAUAUAGUAUUCGGUUGAAGAAGUAGUAGAUUUUUGGAGUCCAGCAUUGAUAGUGGCCCAGAAAGCCGUUUUUUUUUCACCCAAUCUUGAGUAUUUAUUCCCGCUGAGUACUUGAGUCCGUCGCAGAUAUUUUGCGUGUACAGCUUUUUUUGCACAACUAUAAAUAUAGUGUUUCUUUGAGUUUUAGUCAACAACAUGCAGCAGCAUUGAAGUUUCUAGCGAAUCUCACCCACGACCUAUACUUAUGGCGACCAAAGUGAAGCUGGUUCCACCGGGGCCCAACCCCCGGGGCUCGACAGGUGCCGAGGAAAAACAACCCCGAGGCAACAAGAUGAAAAGCGGUUUCAGCGCGCUGCCGCCUCCCACCAGCGCCGUAGUGGCCAGGUCGAUUUCCGAGCCGGCGGCCCGCGAGGAGCCACGGCCGGUUCCCACCAAGGAGGCCCGGGAAGCCAUCGCGCGCAUGGAGCCCGCGCUGGAGGCGUUUGGGCAGGGCGAGUUUGUUAUCAAAUGUAAAAGUGUCUGGGUCUGGAAGGUUGGAACUUGUGACGCUAACUUUGGACUCUAAAAAAAUCUGUAUUGCAUGACCAGCAAUAAGAGCCCAGUUUGCGCUACGCGGGGAGGGCAUUUGUCAUGCGGGAUAGGCAUCAGGAAGGCCUCUAAAAAUAUGUGAUGCCAGAUCAUGCAUUACAGACAUCCUGAGUCAUGUAAAAUAUGCAUGACAAACCUGGUAACCUUCCAGACCCAGACAUUUUUGCAUUUGAUAUUUGUCCUAGUCAUGGACGCACCGGAGCGGGAGAACGAAUGCGAUCUGAUCAUCGCCGCGGAGCACUGCAUAUCGAAUGCAAAAAUGUCUGGGUCUGGAAAAAUGGAAGUUGUAAUGCGUGUCUUCCAUUCCUGGAGAAUCUGUGUUGCGUGUUGAGCAGCUAAAAAGCCGCUUCCUUUGCCAUGCACAAACGCAAUUUGUAAUGCAUGUUGGGCAUCAGGAGGCGUCUCGCAGACUUGUCAUGCUUGGCUGCCAUUGCAAACACUUUAAUCUUUCGCAAUUCAGCAUCACAAGCUUUGAGACCCAGAUCGAUAUUUGCAAUGCAUACUGCACCCCCGCCCAGAUGGCGUUCAUGAUCCGCAAGUCCACCGGCAUCGUGUGCGUGACCACCGGGAAGGAACGCCUCGAGGCCUUCGGCCUGCACCCCGCCACCACCAAAAACACGGACCCGAACGGGACCAACUUUUACGUGUCCACGGACUACCUCGUGGGCACCACGACCGGGGUCAGCGCCGCCGACCGCGUGGCCACGCUGCGGGGCUUCUGCGACAUCCGCAACCGGCCGGAGGCCUUCGGCAAGCCGGGGCACAUGUUUCCCCUGUGCGCCAUAUCAACUGUAAAAAUGUCUGGGUCUGGAAGAUUAGAACUUGUGAUGCUAACUCUGGACUUUAGAAAAAUCUGUAUUGCAUGACCAGCAAGAGGAGUCUAAUUUGUGCUACGCGGGGAGGGCGUUUGUCAUGCGGAGUUGGCAUCAGGGAGCCCUCUCAAGAUCUGUGAUGCGCGGUCGUGCAUUACAGACAUCCUGGGUCAUGCAAAACAUGCAUGACAAAUCUCAGAAUCUUCCAGACCCAGACAUUUUUACAUUUGAUACGCCAAGGACGACGGCGUCUACGUAUUGAGAGGAAAAAUCCACCCUCCCCAUAUCGAAAAGGUAUCUUUCCGAAAAUUUGUGUUGCUGAUUUGAGGUCACAAAUCGCAUUUGUCUUGCAAGAAGACAAGGGCAGAAGCUUCCGCCCCAUUCUGGAAGCGAUUUGUCAUGCUGUUGGGCCUAAAGGUCAACCGUUUGCAAUGCUGAACAACUAGACCCGUACGCCCCUACCUAGCCUGGGGAUCUGGUCGCAAUGCCUUCCUGCCAUACAAAUCUGAUUUGUGUGCGCAAAUCCAGCAUCACAGCCUCACGCCUCACGCAAAUCCAGCAUCACAGAUUUCCUUUUUGAUAAGGGGCGGGGGAUUUUUCCUGUUCAUAAUACGUAAGGCAGGGACACACGGAAGCGACCUUUGACUUCUGUCGGCUGGCACCCAACGUGAAGCACCCCGUCGUAUUCCCGUGAAAUAAAGUGCUCCCACAUCAGGGACGACCCCGGAAGCUGCAAGAAAACGGUCUGAUGCGUGAGGUUUUGAAAUGAAGAGCUUUUCAUCGUAUGCAUGAAAGGAGGACUGCUCUGAGUCUCCCUGACACAGAACCCAGCCGGGCAAGGCAUCUUUUAAGAAAUGACAGGCACAGCUGUUGCUGGGGUCUUUCGCAAGAAUCGUGAUGUUGCCGUUUAACAUUUGUGAUGCUGAUUGAUACAUGCACGAACGUGGGGAGUGUUUCCCUGCUUAGGAAGCUUUGCAAUUAUACAAAUCGUGUCAAGUUCUGGGGUCGUGGGGGCACUUGUUUUCGACGUGAUACGUCGGAGCCCUGGCGGAGCUGAUGGCGGACAAUGGCGAGAUGUUCCGGGAGGGUGAAUCCCGCGCCUUCGCCACCGAACACGGGAUUCCCAUGGUGUAUGUGAGUGACAUCGUGCACUACCGGAGGCACACGGACGCCAUGAAGCGCUGGGCCCGCCUGUUUGAGCAGCACACACCCUUAGAACAGGAGGAAGACGACCAGCUCACGGCGGUGCCCGCAGACGUGAAAAAAGACCAGGUAUACUAUGUGUUUUUGCGAUUUUUGGCAUCAUCUUUCUAGGUCUCCGUUUUAAUACUUAACGUCGCACGUUGAAAAAAUGAAAAUCAGAAAACACAAGAAAGCUGCAGAUUUCAUUGUGGACCAAAUUUUUUUCCAGGGCGACGCUUCUGCAACGCUGCGAUUCCAUGACUUGCGUUUGCCGACUAGGAUGGUGGUGAAGCCGGGGAGGAGAGGAUCCGAGCUUGUUUUGCUGAUCGCCGGCGACGCAAACGCGCUAAGUAGCGGCGUGAAACGCGUACCUGUCCGCAUUCACUCCGAGUGCUUCACAGGCGAUACGCUUGGGUCCAGGUUGUGCGAUUGUGGGGCGCAGUUGAAGAUGUUUAUGAAGGUAAAUACAUAGAUACAUCCAGCUGGUGUUGUGGUUCUUGUCCUGAAGUCCAUGGCUCUCUUUGCAAUGCUUGCCCAAGCUUAUUCAGUAUUGUUCCUCAUCUCCAUCUUUCGUCUUCAGUCAUCUGCUGUAGUUGUUGUGUCGUUCCCGAUGAGAAGCUGCGACUGAUUUGGUUACAAAAUUACCACAACAUCAAGGUGAUGGAGGAGGAGAAGCUUGGGGUGCUGGUUUACAUCAAGGGUCAUGAGGGUCGCGGCAUUGGGCUCUACAACAAGAUCCGUGCUUACGACCUGCAGAUCUGCGAGGAGGUGGACACAGUGCAGGCCAAUCACCGUCUGGGGUUCCACAACGACUACCGGAAUUUCGACGCCGCCGUGAACGUAUCAAAUGUAAAAAUGUCUGGGUCUGGAAGAAUGCAUGUUUGUCAUGCUUGUCUGGCAUGACUAUUAAAUCUGUCAUGCACGUUGCCCAAGAGCCGCAUUUUUCUGUCAUGCGGAGACGCAAUUAGUCAUGCAGAAUAGGCAAGACAUACAAGCUCAGAAGUUUGUCAUGCUGAGCCAGCACUUGUGGCCUCUUCAUGCUACGCCACUCAGCAUCACAAGUUUCCAGACCCAGACACUUUUGCAUUUGAUAGAACGCGCUGCGGGAGCUGAAUCUGCGGAAGAUUUUGCUGUACACCAAUAAUCCCGAGAAGGAGAGUGUCUAUGGAUUGCAAAUGUGUCUGGGUCUGGAAAGUUGGAACUUGUAAUGCUAGCGGUACAUUUCUGGAAAAUCUGUAUUGCAUAACCGACAAAAGCCGCAGCCAUGUUUGUCAUGCAAAAACGCAGUUUCUCAUGCGGGCUGCCUAUGAGAAAGUGCUCCGGAAAGUUGUCAUGCUGGUCUGCAUUGGGAAGUGUGUCCAUCAUGCACAUUUUAGCAUUACAAGUUUCCAGACCCAGACAUUUUUACAUUUGAUAGCGUCCUGGCGGAAACCAUUCCCGACGUGCAGGUCCGGUCCCUGCCCACGAGCCCCAACCGGGACAACUUUCGCUACCUGGAGACCAAAAAGAACCAGUUGCAGCACCGGACCAUCAUGCAGACCUUCAACCUGGACCUGGAGCGGGAGCUAAACUCGGGCGCAGUAGGCGACACGCUGGAGCGCAGCGGGAAGCUCGCGCGAGCGCAGACCAGCGCCAGGGCAGAGGAGUCCUCGCGCGGGAAGAGCAAAGAUCUACUUCCCGGCGGUCCUACGCCGAGGAGCGACGGCGCCCCGGACGAGGACGUCGCCGCGAGAGUGUCAAGUACUAGUAGAAAUGGUGCGCCGUUUACUUCCGGCCCCCGGGAGGUUCUUCCUGCGGGAGCUGGAACCGGCGCCCCCCCGCCACAAGAACAGCACGUCGUGCGUUCGCCCGUGCCGCCCGAGCCACUGACGGUGCUCAUCGUGUCGACGAAGUGGAACGAAAAACUGCUCGCCCCCAUCGUCGACGCCGCGCGGGAGUACCUCGCAGCCUGCGGCGCCCGGGUGGAGUGCCACCCCACGGCGGGACACCUCGACCUGGUGACGGGCACCAAAGCACUGCUCUCGCGGAAGCACCGGGUAGUCGACGCAGUCAUCGUCCUAGGCAUGCUCGUGCCGAACGAGAAGCGAACCAACCUUUCCACGCUGGAGACCGACAGAGCGGCGCUGGUGCAAGGGCUGAUGUCACUGGCGCUCCAGCAGGACAAGCCCAUCAUCCAAGGCAUCCUGCUCUGCGAGGACGAGGAGCACGCGCAGGCAAAGGGAAUGGCGGAGGGGAAAGCCUACGCCAAUUCAGCGCUCUACAUGGCGGGUCUGCAGCAGUGCGAUAGUACAGCCGACGAACUACACCCCCCGGAGCUCGUUUGAUGGUAUUUUUAUGCACGACCAUAUGAAGAAAAAAAAACAUGUCGAGUCAUCAUCUCGUCCCUGGGCGGCGCACCGUCACUGGCUGUCUGUGCUGCUGCUGGUGCUUUUCUCCUAGCAAGCGACAUGCAAAAAAGAUACUUCUGAUAUUUUUUUACAUACUAUGGUAGCUGUUGCUGCUUUCAGCUGAUGUAGAAGAUGGUCUCGCGAAUUCAAGAUCUACUUCUUGGGAUCAGUAAUUCGUCGCGCCAGUCACAAGUCGGGUUGGAAACUUUCUCACACGACGACGAAACAGGCAGUUGAGAAGGGAAAGACGACCUAAUGCGAUGUGACCACAUUUAGAUUUACUAUCACAACUUUAACCUUUUCGGCUGCAGCUUUUGUCGCGCUCGAGCUUCCUGCACCAGAUUCAAAAUACAGUGAAUCGAUCGCAGCUAGAACUGGCAAUGUCACAGAAUGUUUCGAAGCACCUAAGAAUAGAGGAACCAGCAAAAGGAAAUGUUUUGCAAGUGCGAGGCAGAUGUUGUUGUUGACAUAGUGCACUACAGAGCCGGAUUCUACUCUUAGCAUUCAACCAAACCAAGUAGCUCAUUUUGCUCGAACUCGCUCUUUGCGUACGCCUGUAAAGCGAAAUUGAAGGGAAAAAAGUGUAAGGUUGUUGAAUUGUACAUACUGGUAAGUGUAUCAGAGCCAUGGAAUUUCGGGAGUAGUUGUAUGGAAGCUGUUCCGUUUUUCCGGUCGGCAGCAGAACAGAGCAUAAUUUGGUUAUAAGGGACCGAGGACAUCAUCACGAUGACGACAUCGACGACAACGAAAUUUCUAUAUUCCAGUGGUGGAAUAGCACAUCCACAUUCUUGUACAUCUUCUAUGCUUGUGCUGUCGUGGCCGAGAUAAUAUGUGUAAGCAGGGCCACGCCCUCGAGGAGCAGUGGGACUACACACAAUUUGUACACAACGACGGACGAAAAAUUAUUCGUUCCCUUAUCUUCAAGCGGAAGUUCUUG